CAAGAAAGCGAAGAGCUCGCGCACUCAUUGGGAAAUCUGCUCCGGAGGGGAGAUUCUAAACGGGGAGGCGGCAGGAGAGUCCAUCUAGGCAGGUGGAGGGGGGGGGCAGAAUCUACCAUGAAGUGAGAAGUGGACAAUGGCCCAGCAGCAUAAACGAUCUUGGUGUAAAUACAAAUUGUAGCUGCUUUUCAGAAAUUUUAAGGCAGAAACAAGGAAGAUGACAUCAAACCCUUCUGGACAAGGCUUUCAGAAUAAAAACAGGGUUGCAAUCUUGGCUGAGCUAGACAAGGAGAAGAGAAAACUUCUGAUGCAAAACCAGUCUUCUACGAAUCACCCUGGAGCCAACAUCUCUUUGGCUAGGUCCUCCCUUAACAAGGAUUUUCGGGAUCACGCCGAGCAGCAGCACAUAGCAGCUCAGCAGAAAGCUGCUUUACAGCACGCUCAUGCACAUUCUUCAGGAUACUUUAUAACACAAGACUCAGCCUUUGGGAAUCUUAUUCUUCCUGUAUUACCACGGCUAGAUGUAGAGUAAGAGAAAAUUCAUGAAACAGAAAACAUCUGCAUUCAUCUAAGCUGCUUUUUCGACUUUCAGGCAAUUGUUUGUGAGGAGAAGAAGAACUGAAAACUGUUCAAAAUGGCUUUGAUUUUGAAUUCCUGAUAUUUUGUUUUUGGGAGACAAUAUAAAAUGUAUUCUGGAAAUUCCCUGAUUUUAUUCUCCUAUUACAUAUGUAUCGGCAUUUAUAAAGAACUUGUUUCCAUUUUCGAGCACACAUGAAUAAGACUUUAAAUCAGAAAAUUGAGGGGGGACGUACAAUGUCUCCAUAACAGGAAGAUCUAUAACGAUCUCUUACUACCCAUUUAUUAAAUCGAUUAUGCAUAAAUCUUACUGGUGUGUUUUAAUUCCUAAUACUGUAAAAAGUAGAAUGUUGGAGUUUACAAAUUUAAUGAGAAAUAACCACAUACAUGGGAUAAAUCUAUCAAAUAAAUUU